GGCGGAACCAACAGUGGCAUGUGGCUGACCACGCAUCUGUUUUGCAUUGCACAGGUCGUUUUGCUUGGCAUCUCUGAAUCAACAGACCACGGCGUGCAAGCAUGUGGCCAGCGGCGAUUCGACGUCGAUGGCUUGCAUUUUUCACCGCAGUGGAACACUUAUCAGCCUACUUAUCCUCUGACGACACCGUGCUCAUGGCGCCCCCAACCGGCUACAACGGCAUGACGUCAUCGGCAAGCUGCAAUAUAUACAGGAAGCCGCACAACUUCGUCUUUUGUGGGUACGGCGGAACCAACAGUGGCAUGUGGCUGACCACGCAUCUGUUUUGGCAUUGCACAGGUCGUUUUGCUUGGCAUCUCUGAAUCAACAGACCACGGCGUGCAAGCAUGUGGCCAGCGGCGAUUCGACGUUGAUGGCUUGCAGUUUUUCACCGCAGUGGAACACUUAUCAGCCUACUCAUCCUCUGCCGACACCGUGCUCAUGGCGCCCCCAACCGGCUACAAUGGCAUGACGUCAUCGGCAAGCUGCAAUAUAUACAGGAAGCCGCACAACUUCGUCUUUUGUGGAUACGGCGGAACCAACAGUGGCAUGUGGCUGACCACGCAUCUGUUUUGCAUUGCACAGGUCGUUUUGCUUGGCAUCUCUGAAUCAACAGACCACGGCGUGCAAGCAUGUGGCCAGCGGCGAUUCGACGUCGAUGGCUUGCAGUUUUUCACCGCAGUGGAACACUUAUCAGCCUACUUAUCCUUUGACGACACCGUGCUCAUGGCGCCCCCAACCGGCUACAAUGGCAUGACGUCAUCGGCAAGCUGCAAUAUAUACAGGAAGGCGCACAACUUCGUCUUUUGUGGGUACGGCGGAACCAACAGUGGCAUGUGGCUGACCACGCAUCUGUUUUGCAUUGCACAGGUUGGUGCUUUUACGGUUUCUACCGUUUCAAUCCGUAGUGAUGUUCGUGGUAUUGUGGUUCUGCCGUGCCCCCAACAGUGCCUUGGUAUCAUGUACGACUGUUUUCUUGUCUGUAAGCUGCUAAUUUGUGGUGACGUAGAAGAGAAUCCAGGCCCUACGCAAAAGAUGUUCGAGGAAUUGCUGGAAGGCCAAAGGGCCAUCACUAAAGAAUUAACAGAAAUUAAAGCUUUGGUCACUAACAACGUAAAACUGAUUAAUGACCUUCAGAAUACGAUUGAGAUUAGGAGUACGUUAAUUUCAUCGCCUGCUAGUCAAGAUGAGCAGGUUCAGACCACUCUUAAGACAUUUGAACAUGUUGUAAAGUUUCAAGCAAUGAAACUCACUGACCUAGAAGACAAAAAUAGAAGGUCAAACCUAAUUAUACACGGAUUGCCUGAAAGUCCUGAGGAAACAGAAGCUGAUCUGAAGGAAAAAGUUGUUUCUGGCAUUUUUAAAGAUACACUGAGCGUGAGCUGCGGGUCGAUAGGACGCAUUCAUAGACUCGGUAGGCAGCGCGGUAAACGACCUGUAAUUGUUUAUCUGCAAGAUUUCAAUGAAAAAAAAGGAAAUAUUCAAAAAUGUGAGGAAACUGAAGGGAUCUUCUAUAUUUAUUCAGAAUGAUUAUUCGCAGGCUACGUUAAAAAAAACGAAAGCUACUCUGGGAAAGUGCUAAGGAUGAAAAAGCUCAGGGCAAAAAGGUAACUUUGCUCCAUGAUAGGCUUAAAGUGGAUGGUCA